AUGCAGGCAAAAGUGCAGAACCCGCUGACGGUUCAGCUGGACCGUGUGGGAGGGACGUAUUUCGCUGGUGAGGAGGUUACCGGCUGCGUCGUUGUGAACUACGCCACGUCAUCCAGUUUUGUCGAUAUUAAUUUGACUGUGCUUGGUGUCGUGGCCAUACAAUUCCCAUAUGGAGAGAACGCCUCGGUUUUCCGCAGGGUUGGCAAUAUCAAACCACUGAAGGUAAUGAGCCUUCAGAUUCCACUUUGUCGUCGCGGCACGCAGAUUCCCGCUGGGAAAACUGAGGUGCCCUUUACGUUUGAAAUUAGGGCGUCCCAUCCAGAUGUGCCGCUCGUUCAGACGUAUACUGGGGUCCAUGUCACAUGUAAUUAUACCAUUGUCGCGAUUUCUACUGGAAUCAUGAGCAGCGACGUGAGUGAAGUGGUGCCUAUUUAUGUUAUUGUCCCCGGCCAGGGUCAACCACCGCCGCAUGUGCUGAAGGAAGACACAGGUGUUCGGUUUGAAUUGAAUGAAGAGAGUCUGGAGGUGCUGUGCGAUCGUCCCACACCCAGCGACCGCGUGAAUCCCAAUUUUCUUCUUGAGGGAUGCUUUGAUCGGUAUUAUAACGAUAUUGAUAUCCCUCUUUCCGGCUGGAUUGUCGUGCGGCGGUGUAGCGCUAAGAUUCUUUCCAUUGAACUGCAAAUGCAGCGAGUGGAGCAGGCGGCAACGCCGGGGAAAAUCGUGCGAGAAGUGACAGAGCUGCAAACCAUUCAGAUUGCGGAUGGGAACGUACUCCGCAACCUUGAGAUUCCCAUUUACAUGAUAUUCCCUCGAUGGUACACGUGCCCCUCCCUCAAGACGCCAAACAUACGCGUUGUUUUUGAUGCCAACGUUUUAGUCAAACUGCAGGGUCGCCAGUUGCUUAGGAAAGUUGUGCCAAUACAUUUGUACUCUGCCAGUUGA